AUGUGGACGCUCGGACCCCGCUGGGCUGCCGGCCUCCUGUCCCGCUCGGCGCUCCGGGGCUCGGCCCGGACCCAAGCUGGGACCCUGCGGCCGGCGAGGAGCAUCGCACUGGGCGGCCGCCGAUCCCUGCUCGCCAGGGCCGCCGUGGCCUGCGCGCCCCGCCGGGCGGGUUUGAGCCUCUACUGCCUCAACCAGAUUCUCUGUGUCAAAAAACAGAAUGUCUGUUUGAUGAACUUGAGGACAACAGGAAGUUUGGGCAACCCAGGCUCCUUGGAUGAGUCCACCUAUGAGCGGCUGGCCGAGGAGACCCUGGACGCCUUGGCAGAGUUUUUUGAAGACCUUGCAGACAAACCUUACACGUGCGAAGACUAUGAUGUCUCCUUUGGGAGUGGUGUUUUAACAAUCAAACUGGGUGGAGAUCUAGGGACCUACGUGAUCAACAAGCAGACCCCGAACAAGCAAAUCUGGUUGUCUUCGCCAUCCAGUGGCCCCAAGCGCUACGACUGGACUGGGAAGAACUGGGUGUACUCCCACGACGGCGUGUCCCUCCACGAGCUGCUGGCCGCGGAGAUGACGAAAGCCUUCAAAACCAAGCUGGACUUGUCUUCUCUGGCCUAUUCUGGAAAGGACACUUGA